CCUCCCCGUCCCGCUGCCGAGCGCCCCAGUCCCCUCGCUCCGUCGCUCGUCUUCCUCCUCGUGCGAGCGCCUCCACCGCAGAGAAACCCGCAACGAUGGUGAUCCCUCCACCUGACAGGGCAGCUAGAAUCGUCAGUUAUCUCAAGCCCUACCUUCUGAGGAUGCAUUUCUCGAACAAGUAUGUAUCCGCGCAGGUCAUCCAUACCCCAACAGCAACCGUUGCGUGCUCUGCAAGCUCACAGGAAAAGCUGCUUAGACCGGACCUGGAGUCGACCCGUGACGUCGCUGCUGCCGCAAAGAUUGGGAAGCUGCUCGGCGAGCGCAUGCUGCUUAAGGGAAUACCUGCUGUGUCCAUCCACAUGAAGAGAGAGCAGAAGUACCAUGGCAAAGUCAGGGCUGUUAUAGACUCCGUCAGAGAGGCUGGAGUGAAACUGUUGUGAUGCUAGAAAAACAUACAGCUCGGUUAGCAUUCAUGCAAUCUUUCAGCUGUAUUUCUAAAAACUGGACCAAUUCGAAAUCGGCACCAAGCUGCGUUUUCUGAAUUCACCACAUUUUUCAGGUCAAUAAGAGGACUUUGUGCAUUAAGGAGCGAUCUGCAGUUAACACCAGUAGCUUCAUGAUCUGUAGUUGUACUUUCGGGAGACCAUACAAGUAGUGUAUUCUGAAAUUCCAGCCCCGUUUAUUCGGCAGACUGGCUCCUGUUUGUCUGUCAUGCUACGUGCGUAUUUAUUAGAACUCUUUUACUGAUGACGCUGAGAUUUUGCAUGUGAAUUAUGCUUGAUCAUGACUGCUGAGCGUAUCAUGUUUCUAA